UGAUGAGUUCCGUGUAGUCACUAGGUUAGCCGGGCUGUAGCUGUGUUAGUUUACCGCAGUUUGCCGGUCGCUUCGGCGUACAAUACGGUGUAAAUAUCUAUUUGUUAACCUAGAUAGCUAACUAACAAUGUCAACCCCUGCUCGAAGACGACUUAUGAGAGAUUUUAAAAGGCUUCAGGAGGAUCCACCAGCUGGGGUCAGUGGUGCCCCAUCAGAGAACAACAUCAUGAUCUGGAAUGCAGUCAUUUUUGGCCCAGAGGGUACACCUUUUGAAGAUGGUACGUUCAAGCUAACAGUUGAGUUUACAGAAGAAUACCCGAACAAGCCACCAACUGUGAGAUUUGUCUCAAAGAUGUUUCAUCCAAAUGUAUAUGCAGAUGGCAGUAUUUGUCUGGAUAUUCUUCAGAAUCGUUGGAGUCCAACAUAUGAUGUUUCAUCUAUCCUGACAUCAAUUCAGUCCCUUCUAGACGAACCUAAUCCCAACAGCCCUGCAAACAGCCAGGCAGCUCAGCUCUAUCAGGAAAAUAAGCGUGAAUAUGAGAAACGGGUGUCUGCUAUUGUUGAGCAGAGCUGGAGAGACAGUUGACCACACACUUGGACUUAAUGUUUCUAUUUUGUGAUCAGUGGUGGAAGAUUGUCAGUUUCUUUUUUUUUUUUUUUUUUAAAUGCACUUUACUUACUUUGCCGUACAGGAUCAUGUUUUUUUUGUUUGAUUGCAUUGAUGAUCCAUCAUGCACGACUCAUUUUGAAUCUGUUGUGAAUGUUUCAAACAUUAUAAACUCUGAAUGGCUUCAACAAGGAUUUUUUAACUGACUAUCUAUUGGUGUAUGACCCUUUUAAGGAAAGUUUCUCAGUAACAGGGCUGUUGAGUAAAUUAUCACAUCACGGAAACCUUAAAUGUUCUGUCAGGCAUACACUACAUGGUUUUAUCUACUCUUUGCUUUCGUGGGGAAAAUCUUUGGGUCAGACAUCAAGUGCAAGACUGUGGACGUGUCUGUUCCAGUCCUGAAUUGUUAACAUUGCUGCAUCGUGACAUGACCGCUCCAAGGAGAUGAUGGAGGAAAACCCUGUGUGGUUUGUGGAGAGUGUAUAGUACUCCUGACUUUCAGUUCGCUCUGUUCUCUAUUCUGAUGUAACACUUAUUCUACUAUCACACACACACAUCUUCAGUCAUAUGCCUUUGGGCCAACCUUAUCAAACUAUUUUUCAGCAUAUACUUUUCUUUCUUUUACCAACCCCAGUCUCUGGUGUUGUAUGCUGUUACAUGCAUGAAUGCCUGACUGUGCCCAUAGUGAGCCUAUUAAAUCUUGUAUAUAAGAAACUCAACUGAAUAUAUGUACAGAUUUUUGCACUGGUUGUCAGUCAUUUUCCAGCACUUGUAAAUAAUGAAAAUAAAAAAACAAAAAUAUC